UGGUGGUGGUGAAGGUGGAGUCCACGUACCCCGGCGUGGGCUACGGAGUGAUGCCUUCUCCUUCUGGCAUGUACGAGUUGCAUGUUCAGGGUCGGGAUGCUGAGCUGCUGACACGGGGUGAUAGUCCCAUUGAUGUUGUGCCGCCGCUAGGCAUCGUUCCGGACGAUUCCGAACAAGUUUUAGCUCAUGUAAACAGCAUAAGUAUACCUGGGAAUCCAGGGAAUGAAGUUUCUCCUUUACAAGCCUGGAACCUACCAGACCUGCACAGCGAAAAGGUAUUACAGGCCAGUAAGAAUGAUGGGCAAAUAUUGAUAACUCCACUUGAAUUGAUUAAGAAACCUGUUGAUAAGCAAGUAAUUGCAGAAGGAAGACUGCAACUAACUGGUGAUGGCCAUCAGAUACUAUCUUCAAAUGGCAUGGACAAAACUGCACAUGAACUAUAUUUGGAUCAAUUAGGGAGACAAACCAACAUAAUGGACCAACCAGAGCAGCGUACUGAAGAACAAAGCCAAUCACAUGAUAACAUGGAAAGCGACGAAGUGUCGUGUAAUGAUAAAAGCAGCGAUGGUGAAUCAGACAGAAGCCUAGGAAAUGAAUCAGAUAAAGAGCUAGGAACACACUAUAGUCCUAGUUUUAUGGACUUGGAUAAUGCAAGACCACCAGAACUUGGAAUGAAAUUUCCAACACUUGAAGAUGCACAGAGAUUUUAUGAGGCACAUGCUCUUAAAACUGGUUUUGUUGCAAAGAGGGGGACAAAUUACAGGAGAAAAAAGUUUACCCUAGAGUGCCACAAGACCGGCACAUCAAAGCUAACUCCGAACCCACAGAGGAAGAGGAAGAAAAAUAUUAUAGAGAGGACACAAUGCCAGGCAAAGGUGGUCGUGAAACUCCACAGUGGACAGUGGGAGUAUGCAUCAGUCCGGAAUGAACACAACCACCCAUUGUGUCCUAGCUAUUCACUAAGAUUCUCGAAGCGCAAACGCAGGCAAAAUCCUCCAAGCCAGAAACAGCUGUAUGUUCAGAGAAACGGUGAGCUACUGACACAAGCAGAUAAUCUUGAGGAACAGGUGGUGCAACCUCUUAUUUCAGCUAAUUUUAAUGAAGUAAACAACAAAAGGACACCUGGACAUUCAGAGAAUAGUAUACCUACUGCUGAGCAGGAACCUGUUAACGAACAAUCAUUAAAAGAUAGAAGACUACAGUCCGCUGACAAUUAUCAGGAGCAAUCUUCAAAUGGCAUAGACAAAACUGCAAAACAACCGAUUGUAGAUAAAUUGGUUGAACAAAACAACUCAAUGGAUCAAUCACUUCAGCAUACUGAAGAGCAGAACAGAUCACAUGAUAAUGUGGAAAGCAGUGAAGCGCCAAGUGAUGAUACAAGCAGUGAAGGUGAUUCAGGCAGCAGCUCAGGGAAUGAGUCGGAUAAGGAGCUUAGGAAGUACUAUCCUAGUUUUGAAGAACUGGAGAAUUCAAGGCCACCAGAACCAGGAAUGAAAUUUCCAUCCCUUCAAGCUGCACAAAAAUUCUAUUAUGCGCAUGCUCUCCUAACUGGUUUUGUUGGAAAAAGGGGAACCAACUACAAGAGAAGGAAGUUUCACUUAGAAUGCAACAGGAGUGGCAAAUCGAAGUCAACGAAGUCAUCUGAAAACCUAUUGACGAAGAGGAAAAGCAAUGCUAUAGAGAAGACACAAUGCAAGGCAAGGGUGAUUGUGAAGCUCGAUAAGGGAGAGUGGUUGUUCACAGCAGUUCGCCAUGAGCACAAUCAUCCAUUAUGCCCAAGCCCUUCACUUACAAAAUUCCUAUUAGACCACAAACAAAUGUCAACUGCAGAGAAGUCAUUUUUAAGAGUUAUGAAACAAAAUAGGAUACCUCCUAAGAAAAUUUUGAAAGUUUUCAGGAAAAUAAGAGUUUGUUUCAGAGACACGCCAUUUGAAAAUAAAGAUGAGAACAACAUACCGCAAACAGAACAUAGAAUAGCAAACUCAGAUGUUGAAAGCACAUUGAAGCACUUCACAGAAUUGCAGAUGCAAAACCCAGAGUUCUUCUACAUGUUGCAAAAAGAUGAAAACAACACAGUGACAAGCAUCUUCUGGUCUGAUACGAGAUCGAGGAUCGAGUAUGAUAUUUUUGGAGAUUUUAUAAUGCUUGAUGCUAUCUAUAGCACUGAUAUGUGUAACAUGCCUUUUGUGCCUAUUAUUGGGAUAAAUAACCAUGCGAGACCCCUCGUGCUGGGAUGUGCUUUGUUAAAAGAUGAGAAAACUGAAACCUUCAAAUGGAUGUGGCGUACAUUUUUGCAAGUGAUGGGAGGAAAAAUGCCAAGAACAGUCAUGGCAAACCAGGACACAUCAAUGGAGGAGGCAAUUGCAAGAGUCAUGCCACAUGUAAGGAUUAGGUUUUGCAAGCGGCAUGUUAUGAGCAAAACUCAGGAAAAGCUUGGAGCCUUCAUGGCAGCGAAAGGUAACAUAAAUGCAGAUCUACACAACUUGGUACACAACUCGCUGCUAGAAGAAGAAUUUGAAGAAGAAUGGGCUGAGCUUAUUGAGAGGUAUAAUGCAAGUGAAAACCAUCAUCUGCAGCUCAUGUGGCAAACAAGAAAAAGCUGGGCACCUGUGUAUUUUAGAGAAUAUUUCUAUCCAUUUGUCGAAUCAGUUGGAUGCAACGAGGCAAUGAACUCAUUAUUUAAAGAUAAUAUGCUUCCAAAGGACACGAUAGAUAAGUUCAUUGGGCGAUAUAUGGAGAUACAAGAGAAUGUAAAAAAAGUUGAUGAUGAAGAUAGAUUUCAUUCAGGAGCUGACCUUAAAUAUGUCUCGAUGCAGCCAAUAGAACAACAUGCAGCACAUAUUUAUACAAGGGAAAUAUUUCUGAAAGUGCAGAAAGAACUAUUACAUUCUACUGCAUUCAAUGUGCAGGAGAUUCAAACAGGAACAGUAUACAUACUUGAAAAGGUCUUCAACUAUGAGAAUCCAGAGUUUGAUAGAAAUUCAUUUGAAGUUCUAGUUGAACCUGGCAUCAAAGCAUUCAAGUGUCAAUGUGCAAAAUUUACGAGGGAUGGAAUACUGUGCUGCCACAUAUUCAGACUUUUCACUCAGUUUGGAAUCAAUGAAAUACCUGAGCAGUACAGAAUGCCCAGAUGGACUAAAAUGUUCAGAGAGGAGCAGCUAAAAAAGAACAAGGAAAACAAAUUGGAUAAGCAUGACAUAAAGGAUUCAGAAAAUACGUUGAGAUAUGCAAUGCUAAUGAAUAAAGUGGCUGAAAUUGGCCGACAAAUAUGCCAUGAUGAGAUAAAAUUCAGCAGCUUCAUGCUGGAACUAGGCAGGAUUCAAGAAAGGUUGAUAAUGGAGCGAGGAGAAAAUGCAGAAAAUAAUGAUGAUACAUGUUAACAAGGGGUCUUACAACAUGAGCAAGGAGGGAGCAGUAGCGAUGCAGAUAUAGAGUUGCAGGAGCAACAGCACAUAGGUGGAUUGCAAUGCAAUGUGGAUAUUUAUUGGUCCAAAUGUGCAGUUGCUGGAUCAUUGUCAACAUGAGCAGCAAGCAUGUAGAGAAUUGCGAGAGUUGGUCAACUGAUCUGAUCUCUCGGAGGAGGCUCAUGUCCAUGAAGUAGAAUGGUUAGUAAGCUUAGUUUAUCCAAAGCAAGUUAGUUAUAGGUUCCGCAAGGACUAUGUAGUGAACUUGUGGUCUGAUAGGGAAGUGCUGGUCGAGAGCAGGAAGACAUCCUCUAUGUAGAGAUGCAUUGUAUUUAUAAUUUGGCCUCCUGUCUAUAGAUCUUUGGUUCGCACUGAAUGGGAAGCUGAUAAUUAAUUGGUGUCCGUGCUCUCCGUUUGUCAGAUUUGACCUUUUGUUUCUGCCUGCCUUUGCUCGGUUCAAGAUGAUUUAUUGUGUCUUUCUUUUUAUUUGUCAUAAUCGUGUAUCGUACGAUUUUGAUGUAAUAUGUUCCGUGCAUUUUGGAGUUGUUUAUAUGCUGUGUUUUCGACAAACAUGUAAAUUUUUAUGUCAUCAGGUUGU